CACACUAAAAGAUGGCAUUUUUGCUUCUCCUGCUGAUGCUGACAGCAUGUGCUGCUGUUCCUCAAGAUCUUUCAGGCAAAAUGUUCACUUUUCCACAACAAACCAACACAGCUCAUGCCAGGCUGAACACAUUAAUAGAAGAUUUUGGUGCCAUCACUGUAUGCCUCAGGUCCUUCACAGACCUACGUAGAACUCACUCUCUCUUCUCUCUGGCCACAAACUCCACUGACAACGGCUUUCUCAUCUUUAAAACCGCCACAAGUGACAGAGUUGAUGUUUACGCCAGAAACGGUGUUGCACAAUUUUCAGGGCAGGAUUAUCUUUUGAACACGUGGAACUCUCUCUGUGCUACAUGGGACUCUGAAAAUGGCCUGGUGCAGCUGUGGCUCAAUGGAAAGCCUACAGUUAGGAAAUUUGUCUCCGCUGGAUCAAACAUCAGUGAGCAUACAGUUAUCUUAGGACUGGAGCAGGAUUCCUGUGGUGGGCUCUUUCAUAGCUCACAGUCAUUCAUUGACAUGGUCUGUGAUGUCCACAUGUGGAAUUACGUCCUUUCACCCUAUGAAAUCCAUCGAUACUCAGAUGAUCUCAACUUCACCCCAGGAAACGUGCUCAACUGGAGGUCGCUGGCCUUUGAGACUGUAGGAAGAGUGCUGGUGGAAAACAAACAAAUGAUCUGCAGUCACUAAGCAUAACAAGAUGUAAUCUAA